GUCUAUUUUGCGAAAAUGCAAGAUAAGGAAUGGAAGUAUAUACCCCCCAGUGAAAGGGGUGGAGCACGUUUUCCAAAUACUACCCAGUCGAGUGCUUUUUCUAUACAUGCACCACCGUUUGAUCCCACAGCCUCUUUAGGGCUUGAUAUACCUACUGAGAUCCAUGGAAACACGAACUGGAGUUAUCAGUCUCCCUACACCACGGGAUAUUACCCUCAUAAAGCAGCGAAUGCUUAUCCUGGUACUCUAGGUCACUUUCGAAGUCCUAAUGUACCUGCCACACGAUAUGAGCCAAGAAAAGAGAAUGCUGAAAAAGAGGGAUUAUCAAUUUAUGCUAAACCUUGGCGACCUCCCUCAGAAACUGUCCUUGAUCCUAUUAUAGUGGACGAUAAGGUUACUGAUUUUACUCCGCCAUCAUUUUUAAAAGUUGAACAGGGAGGAACCGGGGUUUAUGUACCAGCCCCUAUUAUUUCUAAAGAAGUGAGUGACAAUAUUUUUGUUCAUGUAUCCACAGUAAUACCUCGAACGAAUUUGUCGGCUGAGUUUAAGCUCAUAAAUUAUUUAUGUGGCCGAUGUCCUUUAAAGUCGUUAUUUGGAAGAUUGUCUUCGCGAAAAGCGGAUGUGAACUUGCGUAACAUUGCACCAGAUAUUCCUCCGCUGUGUAUUGCUCAUUUAAUUGAGCAACAAAUCAAAGCCAAAGUAACUGCAAUCUAUUAUAACGACGCUGAUGGCUCACAGUACGAUAUAUGGUUAGAUAAACCAAACAUCUCUUCGCAUGUUGUUGAAAUGAUCAAUGAACGCCUCUGGACAUGUCCUAUGUUUCAUGGGUUUGCAGUUCUUCUUAAAGGCGAAGAAUCUAAAACUUACCUAAAGAAUUACCUGGAUGCAUUAAAAAAAUCAGAAUACAGUAAAAAAUGUCCAUAUCCUCUUUCUUUUGUUGAGGUAAAGGAGCACUAGCUAUUUCUUUCAUAUCAUUACAAAAUAAGAAUUGGACUCUUUUCUUUGUUGGUGUUGUGAUUAGUUUAUAUUGGGAGGGUUA